CUCUUCUCGUCUCUCUCACACACACACACAAACACACAAACACACACACACACGUACACCGUGUUAUCAUCCCGACAACUCACUUUUCCAAGAUCUUUCAUUCCGCCUUUACUUCCAGGAAGCGUUAGCUACUGUCCUCGUCCACCGGGAACACAUCUGGAUCUGCUGAAACGUCACAUGACACACCUGUUGGACCUCCACUGACCAGGACUCGGACGUGUCUUGCUCAAAGGCGUUUCGCCGACCACCGUCGCCCUCAUCAAUAAUCACGAUCAUCACCAUCAUCACCAGUAAAACCUGAGCCUGCUGACUGGCACCGAGGUCCGAAGCUCUGCUCCAUCUGACAGGCGAGAAACGCAACUGACUGUUGAUGGCUGAUUGGAGUCUGUUGGGAAACUUCCUGGAGGAGGUACAGGAACACUCCACUUCCAUUGGCAAGGUGUGGUUGACCAUCCUGUUCAUUUUCCGUAUCCUGGUGCUGGGGACGGCAGCCGAGUCGUCUUGGGGUGACGAACAGGAAGACUUCAACUGCGACACGGAACAGCCUGGUUGCGAGAACGUGUGUUACGACAAAGCCUUCCCCAUAGCGCACAUACGAUACUGGGUACUCCAGAUUGUCUUUGUGUCCACGCCCAGUCUGGUCUACAUGGGCCACGCCAUGCACACGGUCCGCAGGGAGGAGAAGAGGCGGAGCCGGGAGGAGGGAGGUGCAGAAAAUGGCGGCAGCGAGGAGGAUGAUGACGACCCGGGAGGGGGCGAUGGGGGCGAGGAGCGAGGGGGCAAAGAAGGAAAGGACAGGGGGAAGGAGAAGACAGAAAGUCCAUCAGGAGGGAGGGUCCGCCUGAAAGGGGCGCUACUACAGACCUACGUGCUGAGUAUCCUUAUAAGAAGCAUCAUGGAGGUGGUCUUCCUGUGUCUGCAAUACUUCCUAUAUGGAAUAUUCCUCCAUCCUCUCUAUGUGUGCAAGGCGUGGCCCUGCCCACAUCCCGUCAACUGCUACGUGUCACGGCCCACAGAGAAGAACGUCUUCAUCGUGUUCAUGUUGGCCGUGUCAGCCGUGUCGUUGGUGCUCAGCAUGCUGGAGCUGCACCACUUGGCUUGGAGACACUGCUGCAGGCGCUUGUUAUUGUCAAGGAAGGUCGUGACCGCUGAAGAGACAUCGCUCUCCAAACAGCUUCCCAUGUCGCCUCCCCCGCCCUCCACCCCGCCUCCCGACUUCAGCCAGUGCGUGAUUGGCUCCUCGCACUUCCUGGCCCUCCCUUUCACCAACCAUCGCCUGGCUCACCAGCAAAACUCUGUCAACAUGGCUGCCGAGCAGCACAAGAUGGCCGCCACAGCGGGCGAGGAGAGUCUGCUCCAGAUGAGUUGUUACUCCCCCGGCUGGCAGGGCAGCGCCAACAUGGCCUGCUUCAGCCAUGCCGCCAACGAGGAUUCGCCACUCCAAAAUGGCGCUGACGGGCGUUUGAUGCUUUGCUCCAAUGAGGGCAUGUGCCAGCGGGACAAACGGAGGCUCAGCAAGACGAGCGGCGCCAGCAGCCGAACGAGAGUGGAUGACCUUGCGAUAUGAGCUCCUCAGGCGUGUACUCAAAGCUUUCAUGAACCAACUCGUGACACCAGUGCAUCAGGACACUGGAGCUCUUCAUCACGACGCCUUGGAGAAUCAUUCCUCUCUUGAGGUCUGGCGGGAGCAGGAAUUCUGGGAACUGCUUUUUUUUUUUUUAAUGUCUAAUGGCUUUCUGUGCGACUGCACGGCGGUCGAGUGGUUAGCGUGCAGACCUCACAAUCCCAACCCUGGCCAUCUCUGUGUGGAGUUUGCAUGUUCUCCCCGUGCAUGCGUGGGUUUUUUCCGGGCACUCCGGUUUCCUCCCACAUACCAAAAACAUGCUAGGUUAAUUGGCCACAGCCUUUUUCCUCCAAAUGCUAGCGCUAACCAGCAUGCUGAACAUGACUGCCCUCUAUAGUUUACACAUGGAACAGCAGCUUGGACCCCUAUUUUUAUUUUUAUUUUUAUUUUUAUUUUUAUUUUUAUUUUUAUUUUUAUUUUUAUUUUUAUUUUUAUUUUUAUUUUUAUUUUUAUUUUUAUUUUUAUUUUUAUUUUUAUUUUUAUUUUUAUUUUUAUUUUUAUUUUUAUUUUUAUUUUUAUUUUUAUUUUUAUUUUUAUUUUUAUUUUUAUUUUUAUUUUUAUUUUUAUUUUUAUUUUUAUUUUUAUUUUUAUUUUUAUUUUUAUUUUUCCUUCCAGGUUCAUUGGUGGAUUUAUGAAAAAAACAUUAGUCAAUUUAUUCCUAAUUAUUAGUAGUAUUAUUUGUAUUUUUAUUUCAUUUAAUUUUUCUUUUUUUUGGGGGGGGGGGUUAGUUUUACACGAAUACAAAUACUUUUCCCACCUCAACAAAUACAAAUAACCCCUAGUACAUAUGUGUGUAGGUAUGUACUUAUGUAUGUAUAUAUAAAUAUAUUCAUUGUGUUUACCAAAUAACAUUCACCCAUUUUAUUUUUCCUUACAGGCUCAUUGGUGGAUUUAUGAAAAAAAUUGGUAAAUUUAUUUCUAAUUAUGUGUAGUAUUAUUUGUAUUUUUAUUUCAUUUAAUUUUUCUUUUUUUGGGGUGGAGGGUUAGUUUUACACGAAUACAAAUACUUUUCCCACCUCAACAAAUACAAAUAACUCCUAGUACGUAUGUCCGUAGGUAUGUACUUAUGUAUGUAUAUAUAAAUAUAUUCAUUGUGUUUACCAAAUAACAUUAAUGCAUUUUAUUUUUCCUUACAGGCUCAUUGGUGGAUUUAUGAAAAAAAUUGGUAAAUUUAUUUCUAAUUAUUAGGAGUAUUAUUUGUAUUUUUAUUUCAUUUAAUUUUUCUUUUUUUGGGGGGGCGGGGUAAUUUUACACGAAUACAAAUACUUUUCCCACCUCAACAAAUACAAAUAAGGGCUGCGUUGCACACUCCUAGUACGUAUGUCUGUAGGUAUGUACUUAUGUAUGUAUAUAUGAAUAUAUUCAUUGUGUUUACCAAAUAACAUAUAUCCAUUUUAUAGAACUUUGUUUUAUAUUCAGUUGAUUGUAUCUAUUAGUCACCUAGCCCCACUUACCUCUUUUACCUCCUAUCACGACGGACUUUCAGCUCCAUGCCGUACUUCACUCUGUCCCAGUCGUGUUGCGUUUGAGUCCUGCCUGUUCUCGAAUCCUUCGCAAAAGCGUCUAUAAGUCGCUUACAAGUGGCGACAUGACACGUUUCAAGAUAAAGACAUCACAUUGACAUUUCUUUAUUGAGUGCAUUUCUGCACACUUGUUCAGUUAUUGCACAAGUUGCUAUAGCAACAGGUCCAACCGGGUCGAGAACACUUGUCGAUGGCAACGCAUCCCUUUUCUCCAUUGUCUGUACGUGAAACAAAAUGCAGCAUCAUCACAAUUGUUGUACAAUGUCCAUUUUCCACUGCAAUAUUUAUAGUAUUCCACUGCAAACUCAUUAUUAUUACUAGUUAUUAUUACUAGCAAAUUUGUGUAAUAUCUAACUUCAUGUUCUGAAUUCAUCAAUGCUGCGUUCACGUACCUCUGGUGUAGCAGGCCUGUUGCACGUCGCUGCUUUGACAUGUUAGCUUGAGGUUGGUCAUGUAGUCAUCAAAGCCAUGACACUCGAUGCUAAAUCCUUGUACUGCGAUAAAAACACAUUUCAUUGGAAUGUUAGUAUGAAUGAGUUGAUAUGGAGCUCCACGGCUUGUAGAUGUGGAUUUUGUAGUUAUUUGCUUAUUAACACAGUUACACCACAUAAAGGACAAAAACAUUCAUGGUCAAAAUACAAAGGACACUUGAAGAACGACAU